UGAUGUCAUUAUUAAAUAACAAAAUAAAAGUGUGGAAGUGGAUGGACGAAGGUAGAGGCUGUGUAAGCCAUGGGCUUUAAUAGCACCCUGCAGCCCUGCUACCAAAGUCUAAUGGGUACAAUGGAAAACGUUCUACCAAAAGAAUGUUGAGUUUUGCAGAGAAAGUUUUGCAAAAGAAAGGUAUUCUAUCUGCAGAUCCUGCUGCCCUGCAUGCACCGUACCUCCGUAAAAGAGGAUCGCCACUUUGGGGAUGGAGAGGACUCUCACGUGCCUCCAGACCUGAUACUAUUUGUACAACAUGAAGGAGGAUGUCACUAUAUGGUGCCGCACCUGCAUCAGUUGUGCCGCAAAGGUUUGUCCUAAGGAAUCCCCUCAAGCUGCUAUGGGCACUUGAGAGUCGGUGCACCAAUGGAGAGGAUUGCAGUUGAUCUGAUGGAGCCUUUAUACAAGGCAGAGAGGCACAGCCGCUUCAUAUAGUAGUACAGGACUACUUCAACAAGUGGGUUGAAGCCUAUCCAGUUCUCAACCAGCAGGCAACAAAAGUGGCUGAAAAGAUUGCAUCUGAGUGGAUGUGUAGGUACGGAGCCCUACAGCUCCUGCACAGUGACCAGGUCAUCAAUUUUGAAUUGUCUGUGUCCAGGGGAAUGUAUGAACUGCUGGGAAUUGCAAAGACACGUACUACCCCAUUUCACCCUCAGUUUGAAUUGGAAAGUUUAGCGUUUUGAUGUCACCCUACAGAAAACCUUGGCUGCCUCUCCUCAGCGAUGCCACUGGGACUUGGAUGUGAUGAUUCCAUAUGCUGUCAUUCCAUAUGCUGUCAUGUGCAUCCAAACACAGCUCCUGACACCUAACAUUAUGCUUUUUGGGCAGGAAAUAACAGAGCCAGUUGAGCUGGUUGCUGGUUUGACACCCGACAGUGACAGUGUCAACAACCCUCCACACUAUUUCAUGCAGCUCAGAGAACGGCUAGAGCUCUCUCAUCAGCUGUUGAGUGUGCCAAGUGACAGUGCGGCAAGAACAUCUGCCAAGUCCAAAACCAAGACACCAAGAGAGACAAACACAAAGUAAGGAAGUUCUUCCCUUUACGAGGGUCUGUACUACUGGACAAUUGAAUCUACCGGAUUCAAAAGAGCCCAAGGGCAAAGGCUGAAGUAGUUUACCAUGACAAGCUCAAGGCCUACCAUUCCAGGAUCAUGCUCUGGAGGCUUCUACCUACUCUGUAAAAAAGAAAAAUAAUCGUAAUCUUGGAAGUUUUAAUUGGACUGUUUAGUGAAGGUUGAGUGUUAUAUUAUUUUUUACCUGGUAGUUAUAAAUAAUGAGUCAUCUGGACACUGAGGGGCUGUACACUAUUGUUUUAAUGACUUGUGCAUGCUAAGUUACUGUUUGAGAAAUCAGUAGAUGUGUGAGUGAACAAUACCAACAAGAAGGGUAGAAUUUUUACUUGUUGCUCUUAUUUGUUUGACAAAGGUAUUAACCCAUUUUUGCUCCUUUGGAUACAUGAUAAAUUUGAUAUUACCCUCUUUAUGUAUAUGUUAUGGAUAUUGGGUUACAUAAGAAUGAUAUGCAGUGUGCUUCUGUAGACAUUUUGUGGACAUUGCCACUGUACCUCAAGCCGCCAUCACCUGGAAGGGGGCCACUUUCGAAGACUAUGAAAAACGAGGGUUACUUUUGGGAAUGUUCCAGUAUGUAAUGUACUAAAAUGCUCAUUUGUCUGUUACAGUGCUGGAGUUAUGUCAUCAUCAUCCAGAGUGGGGGUAGUGUUACCACUGCUCUUAGGAGCAACUGCUGACUGUGUUUUACAUUUUUCUACAUGCUUCCAGCAAUUCCGUCGUAUCUAUCGUGGUGUAACGGCACUGCCUCUGCCCGCCAGUUGUUUCUCCACUCAAUGAUAUGAAUUCGAAUCCCGUAUGUAACUUUUUUUUUAAUUGUACAUUUUUUUAAACUGUGCUACAGACUUCUACGUAACACAAUCAUGUUUCCACAAAACAGGCUCCAAAGACGUUUAUGUGUUUUUUUACCAACUUUAUUAUUUCAAAGGAAGGGGAAUUUGCUCCCUUCCUGUUUCAACACAAACAACAAGCAAGCAAGCGACGUUUCAAACUCGAGUGGACUACUUUCCUCAAAAGACUCUCCAACGUCGAUUCCGAUAUGUUUUGACCACAGACUGUAAAUGAGAAGGUUUGACACUGUAUUGCAAAACUAAACAAUGCGGCAUUCACGAGGACAGCUACGUGUUCUCUACCCAUUCUCAACAGCUGCCGUAACUACGACAACAACAGACGCAUUCGGCUGAAGGUCGCCAGUUAACACGGUCCCUAGUUAAACCGUAACACCGGCUGUCCGUGAGAGGAGAAGCGAUGUGCGUCCCAGGAGUAUCAACGGGAUGAUCCACAGCAUAACAGCGGCAAGACGCCAACAGUCCGGGCCAGGUGCCAAGCUUCUCCAGAGGUAGGCCUGUUCCUGCCAACCAGCAGCCAUGGACCCCCUCCCAGAGUACUCUCUGUUCCUGUUACGGAUCCUGGAUGAGCUGGGCAACAAGCAUAACACCAUGUCAUAUCAGGAUCUAUGUAAGUCCUUGUGCGCUCGCUUCGACUUGGUGCAACUGGCCAAGCUCCGCAGCCUACUCUUCUACACAGCCUGUCUGGACCCCACCUUCCCAGCUACCCUCUUCAAGGACAAGAUGCGCUGCACCAUGGAGGACCCGCAAUCUAAGAAGCUCAUGGUGGCAGCAGACAUCGUCACCAUGUUUAACUUGAUCCAGAUGAACGGAAGCAUAGCCAAAGACAAGCUCCACAUAGUGCAUAGAGCCAUGUUCCACUCGAAUCAGUUGGUGGAGCUGUGCAGGUUUGACAAUGAUGACUAUAAGUUUCAGGACUGUGAGAGGGGGCUGGGUUAUGAGCACAUGGAUCACCCUAGGGAUGGACACCAUCAUCAUCAGCAGAACGCUGUGGCUCAGAGUGCCCCUUUUCCUAAAUCAUCUGAGUGCAACAACUUCCAGCAGUUUACUCCCACCUCAGACCCUAACUUCCUUCUGGGCAUCAGCAAGGACCUGAAAUGUAGAGCAGCCUCUCUCGACAAGCAGCACCACCUGCCCCAGUACUCUAGCUGCAGUCUGCAGUCUCCACCCUGCCAAAUGCAGAGCACCUACUUUCCCAUGGACAUUGACAACAAGUCUACCACUGACCAUAAGUCCCUUCAGCACAUUAGCCAUCCAGAGCCCUUCUCUGUUCACUCUUGCAUCCAGAAGAGGAACGUCUUUAAGGAAGACUUCCACAACUUUGUGGCCUUCUCCCCACAGAUCGACAAACAUGGCAGUAAGGCUGCUGAGGGCUACCACAGGAGAGGGCUGCACAAGCCUGCAACCUUCUUCAACCACAGCUUUGAACUGCCCUACAGUAACCCCUACUUUGAGUCUACACUCAACUCCCCUCUUCAGGACAGAAGGAGGGUGAAGCACGAGAGCCUGGACGAUUUACAGGCAUCCACAUACUUUGGUCCAACCACAGUCUCUAAGUGCGUCAGCAGCAGGAGGCACAGUAACAAAGUAGGGAAGCAGCCGUCAUGGCCAAUGAAGAGUCUCAACACGUACAACGGGCCUCCAAAGUUUGAGGGGUUAUUUCUGAACAGCAAACCACUCAAAGAAAACCACCAUCACAAUGUUACCAUGAUAAACACUGACAAUGAGCAGCAUUUUCAGAGCCCAGGGGAAAAGUUAGUAGCUUCUCCAUCUGGCUUUGCAAAGAACACUAAAGGAAUUAAAAACAAGGAUGUAGGAGGAAUGGCAGGUAGGCCUGGGGGUUUGGAGAAAAGAGAAGCAGCCAGAUGUUUUAGGGACAAAAAUAUAAACAGUUCAUCCUUUCAGGGAGGGGACUGCUCCUUUAGUGUUGGGACUCAAACAGAGCUGGCUGAGCAGAAGAAGGUGAAAGAAAACCCUGCUAAGUACAGUGACAGAGAAAGGCACCCAUUCAAACACUGCAAAGAGGACUCUGAGAUUGUUAGUGAUGACAUAAGUGACAUUUUUCGUUUUCUGGAUGAUAUGAGUGUUUGUGACUCUCUGGGCAUUGUCCAAUCGUCAUGCUACAACAGUAAUGGGUCCCUCUCUCAGGUAACACUUAAGUCUGAAGUCGACAUCUCCCCUGAACACAACACGAUCAGACUAGCCAAGUCCAAGCUGGACUGCCUCUUCCAUUCGCCGGAAAACACAGACGAUGAGCUCAAAUCGAGUGUGUGCAAGUUGAUUAUGAGGAUUGGUGAGAUCGAGAAGAAGCUGGAGUCUCUGUCGGGGGUUCGUUGUGAGAUCUCCCAGGUGCUUUCCAAACUAAACAAGCUGGAUGAAAAGAUCCAGGAACCUGAGGCCAACGGUAGACACAGGGAGACGGCGUCUGCAUCAGGGUCCAAUGCCACACCCAACAAGCCACACCCCCACCCUCACCUACAUACCAACCCCACCCUCUUACUUAGUGUUGUCAAGUGCCACACCACUGGUCACAAUGUCAAAAUAGACAAUGGCUCUUCAGGGGAGUGGUACUGUUCAGAUGGGAGUAACAGCGAUAGCCUGAGGGUAAAAGCUCUGAAGAAAAGCAUGUUCACCAGGAGGUCAUCCUGCUCACUCAAUGAGGAGAACAGUGCCACCGAGUCGAAGGUCCCCAGCAUCACCAAAUCUCCACGGGACUGGAGGACAGUCUCUUACUCCUGUCACCCUGGAGACGAAGGCAAGGACAAGGGCAGAGAAAGCAAAGGCAGACACCGGAGGGCCAAAGAGGUUGAGCAAGAGCAUCAAUAUGAGUUCCCCCAAGGCCACCAGCCCCCUCAACCUCAGAGGGAGUCCUACCUGAGCAAACAGGUUUUCUCAAUGCACCCCUUCACACCCCCCACUAAGGCCCAUGUGAAAGGCCGGCCCCUGUACACCGACCUGAGGCUCACCAGCCAGUCUCUAUCAACUGUCUCUAUCAAAGAAAUCAAAGAUCUCUAUCUGUGUGGACAGAUAUUGGAACAGUAAUAAUAUAAUGAAUUAGACCAGAGGUCAUGAAAAUCUUGAACAGCAUAUCAUCUUGGACAUUGCAUGGACAUGGCUUAAAAUGAUGGUAUUUGAUGGUUAGUGCACACUUGAUAUGUUUAUCAGGUCUGAAAAGCAGACUGCUUUUAUUUGACUAAAAGUCUGCAGAGUAGCACUUUACUCUCCAGGCAUUUACUCAGCUGUCGGAUGAUAUUACACAUUUUAAAAUAUACCCCCUUCUCUGUCAUAUAUAGAUGAGCUAUAAUACUGUCAACACAUGGCAAAUGACAACACCUGUAUCAGUAUGUUUGUUGAUUUCAGUUCACCUUUCAAUACAAUCUCCCUAUUGUAGCCCCCCGGGUUGUGUGCUCAGCCCCCUUCUGUUCACGCGUGCACCCACAAGAGCAACCCCCAACAUGCUUAAUGAGAAUAUACAGGCAAAGGGCAAGUUCUCUGCAAAUACAGACACCGCCACACACUGCA